AUGUCCUACUCGGUCGACAUGUCCACCGCCAAGUCCCGCCGCAACCAGUCCGUCGCCGGGUCCUUUGACCCCUCGUCUUCAUCGUCGUCGACGUCGACCAGCUGCUCGGUCAUUGUGCCGGCGUUUCGGGAGAAUGCCAACCUGCGGCCGCUGGUGACGCGGCUGUUCCAGGCGUUUGCGUCGCACCCGUCGAGCUCCGAGUUCAAGGAUGCCGAGGUCGUCAUCGUCGACGACAACUCGCGGGACGGGUCCGAGGAGACGGUGGCGGCGCUCCAGUCGGAGGGGUACAAUGUGCGCAUCGUGGUGCGCACCACGGAGCGCGGGCUGAGCUCGGCGGUGGUGCGCGGCUUCCGCGAGGCGAGGGGCCAGCGGAUGCUGUGCAUGGACGCCGACCUCCAACACCCGCCCGAGGCGGUCCCCUCGCUGCUGCUCGCCCUCGGAGAGAGCAAGCCGUUCGUGCUGGGGACGAGGUACGCCGAGGGCGUCGAGAUGGACAAGGACUGGCCGCUCCACCGCCGCAUCAUCUCGUCGGGCGCACGGAUGCUCGCGCUGCCGCUGACGCCCGCCAGCGACCCCAUGUCGGGCUUCUUUGGCAUCACAAAGCAAAAGUUUGAGCUGGCGGGCCCGGUCAACGCGCAGGGCUUCAAGAUUGCGCUCGACCUGCUGGUCAAGGCGCACAUUCCGGCCAACGGCAUCGCCGAGGUGCCGUUCAGCUUUGGGCUGCGCCAAGAGGGCGAGAGCAAGCUCGAUUCCAAGGUCAUGAUCAAGUACCUCGAGCAGCUAGUGGAGCUGUACCGAUACAAGUUUGGCACGCUGCCGCUGGUGCUGGCGCUGGUGCUGCUCCUCGUCGUGGCCCUCUACGUCUGGACGACGCUCGUCUACCCGGUGCUCUUCUGA